CGCUGACGAACCCAAGGCCGGAGCAAUUCCAGGACUGCGGUCUGCAUCUGUACUGUCAGGUAGGUGGAUGUGAGACGCUGGAUCCUCUUGGUUUUCUGAAAGCCAUACAUCAUCCUUGGCACCAUGCUGUCCCCUCAGCGGGCUUUACUCUGCAACCUCAAUCACAUCCAUCUCCAGCAUGUCUCCCUAGGCCUGCACUUGUCUCGCCGUCCUGAACUACGAGAGGGGCCUCUGAGUACACCCCCACCUCCGGGAGACACAGGGGGCAAGGAAAGCAGAGGGCCCUGCAGCGGGACCCUGGUGGACGCCAACUCCAACAGUCCAGCUGUGCCCUGCAGAUGCUGCCAGGAGCACGGGCCCAGCAUAGAAAACCAGCAAGACCCUUCCCAGGAGGAAGAGGCUGCCUCGCCUUCAGAUCCAGGAUGCUCUUCCUCUCUCAGCUCGUGCUCAGAUCUUAGCCCUGAUGAAUCACCAGUGUCAGUCUACUCGCGAGACCUGCCUGGUAAUGAGGAUGCCAACCCUCAGUCCAGCAUCUUGGAGCUGGGCUCUCCUCUGGCUCCAGCAGGCCCUAGCACCUGCUCCCCAGACAGCUUCUGUUGCUCUCCUGAUUCUUGCUCCGGAAUAUCUUCUCCACCUGGACCUGACCUGGACUCGAACUGCAACGCCCUGACCACCUGCCAGGACCUACCUUCCCCAGGCUUGGAGGAAGAGGAAGACAGUGGGGAACAGGAUCUUGCUACCUCUGAGCUCUCAGAGACCGAAGAUGGGAGAAUUGACGCAGGGAAAGCAGAGCCCAGUUGGAAAAUUAACCCCAUUUGGAAAAUCGACACAGAGAAAACUGAAGCUGGGUGGAAAACCAUCGAGGACAGUGACUCUGGUUGGAAAACGGACGAAAAUACAAACUCGAGCUUGAAAACGGAAUCUGGGAAAUUGGCUUCUUGUUUGAACACCAAUUCUGGUUCGAAAAUAGAUGCAGGGAAAACUGAUGGGGGAUGGAGAGGUGACGUCAGCCAGGAGCCGGUGCCCCAUCGGACAAUCACGUCCUUCCAUGAGCUGGCCCAGAAGCGCAAGCGGGGUCCAGGGCUGCCCCUUGUGCCGCAGGCCAAGAAAGAUCGCAGCGACUGGCUCAUAGUCUUCUCGCCAGACACUGAGCUCCCUCCGACUGGGUCCCUGGGAGGUUCUUUGGCACCUUCCCGAGAAGUCACCACCUUCAAGGAACUCCGGUCGCGAAGCCGAGCCCAGCCGCCGCCAGUACCGCCCCGAGACCCUCCGGCUGGGUGGGCUUUGGUCCCGCCUCGACCGCCUCCCCCUCCGGUCCCUCCGCGGAGGAAGAAGAAUCGACUCGGGUUGCAGCCUAUUGCAGAGGGGCUGUCGGAGGAGGGCAGGGCGGCCAGCCCCCCGGCUGGUGAGGAGGCACCCGCCCCGCAGGAGCCCGAGGAACCGCGCCAGCAAGCCGUGGCCGGUCCCUCGCUAUUCCCUCGGCCCCCGGUUUUCCGGUUCUCGGCCGACGGGCGCCCCCUGUUGGAGGCUGGGGGCGCGGGCGCACCCGGGUCCCUGCUCUUUACGCCUCUAACCCGGUGGCCCAAUUCCCGGCUCCGGCUUCUGGGGGCAGCGAGUCCCCCGGAGGAGCAGCUCCUGCCUGUGCGCCUAUCCCCAGUGGGAGCUUAUUCUCCUCCCACGCGGGAGGCAUUGCCUUGCCUGGCCAGCCCCGAACUGGCACUGCUGCUAUCCCCGCUCUUCCCCAGAAGUAGCACCUUCCCCGCCGCGGCGCCCCUACCCCGCCAGGUUCCCGCCCCCCCGCUGCCAACACCACCGUGUCCGCCGACCGCCCCUCGCUGGACCAGAAGGCCACCACCUCCGCCCAGGCAACGGGAGUUCUUGGCCUCGGUGGUUUGGACCUACUGUCCCCUCCCAAGAGAUUCUAGCCACAUCUCCUCCAUUAGUCCCGCCGCAAGUAGGGUGAAGCUGGAGCCUAGCAUUGACAAGGUGCAAGUGCGCAGUUCCUGGUCGUUUGCGGGUAUUCCCAGGGCCCAGCGGCUGUGGAUGGCAGAAGCCCAGAGUGGGACUGGCGAGCUGCAGGAGCAGAAGAAAGGUCUCCUGAUAGCUGUCAGCGCUUCAGUGGACAAAAUCAUCUCGCAUUUUGGGGCUGCUAGGAACUUGGUUCAGAAGGCUCAAUUGGGGGAUAGCCGGCUGAGCCCAGAUGUGGGGCAUCUGGUAUUGACCACUCUCUGCCCGGCCCUCCAUGCUCUGGUGGCUGAUGGGCUGAAGCCAUUCCGGAAGGACCUCAUUACUGGACAGCGUAGGAGUAGCCCUUGGAGCGUGGUGGAGGCAUCUGUGAAACCAGGUUCCUGCACACAUUCGAUGGGAUCUCUGUACAGCCAAGUCAGCCGACUGGCCCCUUUGAGCAGCAGCCGCAGCCGCUUCCAUGCUUUCAUCUUGGGCCUCCUCAACACCAAACAGUUGGAACUGUGGUUUUCCAGCCUCCAGGAGGAUGCAGGCCUGCUAUCUGUCUUGUAUCUGCCCACUGGAUUCUUGUCCCUGGCACGUGGUAGUUGUCCAUCCCUGGCUACAGAGCUGCUGCUGCUGCUGCAGCCGCUGUCGGUGCUCACCUUCCACCUGGACCUGCUCUUUGAGCACCACCACCACCUGCCCCUGGGCCUGCAGCAGGCUCCUGCCCCUUCAGGCCCCCCUCCUGCCCUCCAGCAGACUAUGCAAGCUGUGUUGCACUGGGGAGGACGUUUGGCUCAGAGUCUCCGAGGGACUUCAGGGGAGGCCCCUACAGACCCUUCACCCCCCUCAACACGCCCUCCACCAGGCAGCUGGUGGGAUCAGCUGACCCAGGCAUCUCGGGUCUAUGCCUCUGGAGGCACCGAGGGCUUCCCUCUUCUCCGGUGGGGACCCAAGCCUCAUGGAACUACAGCUGAAGGUGCACAGGAGACACCUUCACCCACGGAACAAGCCACACCAGGCAGAAGCAUGUGGUUGGGGCGCCUAUUUGGUGUGCCUGGGUGCCCCUCAGAAACUGAGAGUGGAGCUUUCAAAUCUAGGAGACCAUCCAGCUGGUUGCCCCCAACAGUAAGUGUGCUAGCUCUGGUGAAGCGGGGGACACCUUCUGAGACUCCUCCUGAGGAGCCUGUGGACUCGCCAGUCAGCAUGGUUCAGGCUGACAGGGCAGUCCGGGCUCUCUGUGACCACACUGCUGCAGGACCUGACCAGCUGAGCUUCCAGCGUGGGGAAGUGCUUCGUGUCAUUGCCACAGUGGAUGAGGACUGGCUUCGCUGUGGGCGGGAUGGUGUGGAGGGGCUGGUGCCCGUGGGAUACACCUCCCUUGUUCUGUAGCUCUGAGCCUGUUUCCUUUUCCUAGGCUCAUGAAUACUGUUCGUGUGAACUGACCAUCCCAGAAGCAUUUUUCCUUCUGCAAACCCACACUUCUUCCCAUAUCUAUUUCUGUGGACAGUUAAAAUAAACUUUCCUUCCUCCCUCAACACCCACCUUUGAGGUGAAAUCUGCUCUUGCAAAUAUGUAAAAGGGACUUCCUGUCCACAGGAUUCCUCUUCUCCAUCUGCACAAGAGAAUACUGUCCCUCCUAUCUGCAAGUCAGUAUCUAUCCCACCUCCACCUUCACCCAAGUGGACUGUGCCAGUAUAAUACACAUGCCUUUGCCCCCAAACCCGCAGGGCCCGUGGUCUCCUCACUGUCUCUUGCCCUUCUUGCCUGUAUUUAAGAUGUACUCCUGCUGUGCCGAGUGCUGGCUGGAAGCCUGGACACCCCUGGUGGGUAGGCCUGUGCUGUUGGUCUGCCUCUUUCCUUCUUUUUCCCAAUAAAAUGUGGGAGUUGAACAGAUAUGUGUCCCUGUGGGUCUCACCAUAUAGGCACUGCUGUGGGGAAGUCCUUUGAUUGUAGCCCAACGCAGAUAGAUACUUCCUCCCUAGCCAAGGAAGGCUUUUUUUGGGGGGGAGGGGGGGCUGGCUUCAAAUUUGCAGAGAUCUGUCUGUCUUGAUUACUGGUAUUAAAGGUCUGUGUUAUCACACCUGGCUCAGA